AUGGCUAGCCAUAUCAUCGGCAACCGCAACAGCACGCCUGAGGCGUCCAAGUCGUCCCUGCGGCCGCCAUCUUCGUCUCGCAACCUGGGUUCGCACCAGCUGAGAGCGUCGGCCGACAUGUCUGGCUUUCCCUCUCCGCUGUCUGCGCGCAGCAUCCGCCCGGCAUCCGAGGUCUACUUCAGCAACCAACAGUCGCAGGGUCAGAGCAAUGCCGAGGAUGCCUUGGACCGCGCGGCCCAGCAGUGGCUUGCAGAGAUUGACCAGAACGAGACUACGCUGGAGGAGAUGGCUGCCGCCACCCUUGAUCAGGACUUCAAGGAUGAGUUGAGCGCUAUUGAGCAAUGGUUCCGUGUGCUGAGCGAGGCGGAACGCACCGCCGCUCUCUACGCGCUGUUGCAACAAACCACCCAGGUGCAGAUCCGUUUCUUCAUCCAGGUUCUGCAGCAGAUGGCCAAGAGUCAUCCCAUGUCGGGGCUUUUGUCCCCCGCCAACUUUAGCGAGAAAGAUGCCAUGUCGAACCGCUUGAAUGAUGCCAUGGCCAAGUUGAACGUCGAUAACACCCGCAGCUCUCUGGGCCGCCCCCCACCGUCCCCCGGUGCCAAGCGCAACUCCGGCCUGGACUCGUCGACGAUCAACGCCAUGUUCCCAGAUGCCGCGGCGGCGAUCGCAAAGAAGAAGGCCGAGUUCACCCAGCAGACGGGCAAUGCCCCCCCCUCGAACCGUAACAGCGCCGUCUUCGGGGAUCGCACCUCGUUCGUGGCGCCCACCAUUUCGGCGCCGGACAGCGGAAACGACAGUCUCGGGCAGUCGACCUCUCUCUGGGCUCAGCGGAACGCGUCGGAGACGCAGCCGCCUAUUGCUCGGCCCAAGUCCUCGUCAGGCCACCAGCCCAUGGGCCAGUUCUCGCAGCCGGCAACCUCUGGAUUACGCUCCCCCUUGCCCCAGACGGCGACGAUCCCGGCCCCCGAGAUCGAGGCGCCGCUGCUGUCCCCGUACAACGUCGGCAACGCGAGCUGGGCCUCCAUGACCAACACGCCGAUGACGGCGACCUUUGGUGCCCAGAGCCAGCUGUCGCAGUCGAACCAAACCUCCCAGGCGGAUAUGGUUGCAAAUGCCACGGCAAUGAAGUUGGCCGCGCUGUCGACGGUGAACAACCGCAUCGCGCUCGACGACGCGCGCAAGUACCGCCGCGCCCGCUCCAACGACGGACAGGGCAAGAACUCGGGCCUCUCUGUGGGCCCGUCCCUGUCCCCCGGCCUGGCGAGCCCCGGUCUUGGUCCCGGUGCCAACCUGAUGGCGAGUCAGCUGCUGAACGCCCAGCAGAUCGCCGCGCUGCAGGCGCAGCAACAGGCGGCCAUGGCCGGGCGGCGGUCGCGCCCGACGUCUCCGGGCAUCGCGAUGCAAGGCGGUGGCCUGGGCCCGCUCGGGUUCACGUCGCCGCAGAACAACGGGUUCUUGGCCGCGUAUGACCUGAACAACCCCUUGAUGGGUAACGGGCUGAGCGCGCUGGGGAUCGGCCAGUUCGGGCUGGGCGGCGGCCACGAGGGCUACCUCUCGGACCACUCCGAGGUGGCGCGCGGCCGGUCGCCCCGCGGGCGCCGGGGCAGCUCGAAGCCGCCGGAAGACCCGACCGACCCGGCCCUGCUCAAGGACAUCCCCAGCUGGCUGCGGUCGCUGCGACUGCACAAGUACACGGACAACCUCAAGGACCUGAAGUGGACUGAGCUGGUUGAGCUGGACGACAGGGCUCUUGAGGACCGCGGGGUGAAUGCGCUCGGCGCGCGAAACAAGAUGUUGAAGGUGUUUGAGCAAGUCAGAGAGGCCAAGGCGGACGGCAAGUUAGAUGGCAUUGCGUGA